AUGUCUGCCCCGCCCUCUCCUCGCACCGCUCAAGUGGCGUCUAGCAAGGCAUAUUCGAAGAGAAGAGAUCGCCCGCCAGCGCUCGCGCUCACCGAGCCCAACGCCGCGUCCGACGGCGACGUCCGCUACGAACGCGCAGCUGGCGCCGACGCUCGCAAACCGCACGCGCAACAACAGGUAUGCCUCUCCUCAGUUAUACUCACACCCUAUCCCAACUACCACUCUAGCCUCGAUUCCACCGGAGCCGCGACGGAUCCCGAACAGCCCCGCUCCGCCUCUGCGACCUCCUCUCUGGACCCGUACUACUUCGGCGUGCACACCCCCGCAGAAUCCCCUGCGCCUGUCCCUGUGCCCGAUCUGCCGCCCUUUCUGAGCAAGACGCCCGACUCCCAGCCCGUCGCGCAGAGCGAGCCCAUCACGCCCGCCCGCAAUCCCGCAGCGAUCGAUAGGAAAGCCCUUAUUGGGGUCGGCGAGCUCGCUACUCCUCGAUGGGCGCGCAGCGGGCGGAAUCACUCUGAGGAGCGGGCAGAGUCGCCGGAGGUAGCGAUUCCAGCACAUCACGAAGAGCAGUAUAGCAUUAUCAACGGAGAAGGUCCGGACAACGACGACGAGCCCGGCAGUCCUUGGACGAUCGAAGCAAUCGACGGCGAGCUGGAGGACUCGGCCGAGCUGGAGGAGAUGAAGCCCGUUUCCCGCGCCGUCCGUCCCCGGCGGUCGAUGGCGGAGGAAAGCGGCGGGGAGGAGAUCCUCUAUCCGAGGAACCCGCUGGCGUCGGACACCCCCCGUGCCAGCAAACAAGGCUCAGAAAAUACGGAGCAGGUCGACGAGCACGGCGUUGCGAUAGCGACGUCCUCGCCCCCGAGCGCGUUUCAGACCGGCGCGCACCGCACCAAGAAGCGCACGUCGGACGAAUUUGAGAUGGACCAGUCGGGCGACAUCUUCUCGAAGGGCUCCCGCGCGUCGGUGCCUGCGUCGGUCAAGGAUAAAAGCAAGGAGGAAAAGGCGUCUGUGCGUCGGCAUCGGAGCCUUGGUGUUGGCUUGCCUUCUGCCAGUCCCCGGGAACGUGACAGGGCUACCAGGGAGCGGCGGAGAGACAGCGGAUCCUUCACAUCGGCGCUCAACCGAGAGUCUGUCUCUUCAAAGCCGUCAAAGCAUUCUCGGCACACGUCUGCGAGCUCUUCGAUGUCGAACCUAGCAGAGCCCCACCACGGCCGACGCGUGCAUACCACUGAUUUUUCUCACCUCCCGCCUUCGCCGUCGACCUCUUCUAUCCAGCAGUUCCUCAAGCACAGUUCAUCCAGGGAGAGCCAUCUGCAUUCCUCGCCGAAUGUUGCGCACUCUCUGCUUCGAGGAACUCAGGAGGGCUGGUCCGGAAUGGACGACGAGGCAACCGCCGAGGCUCUACGUAAGCUUGACGGGCUCUCUGGCAAAAGUGCCCGAGCUAGGUCAAGCGUGAGUGUAGGUCGGCCAGGUAGCUCAAGUCGUCCUGGUACACCCGGGGCAGCGAAGGGUUCGCAGUGGGAGGGCAUCAGCAGCAGCGAAAGCGCGAAAUCCUCCAAGAGAGCAAGGGGCGAGGCUGCUGCUGACGCAGGUGAAGCAUCCGGUAGCCACGACGAGAAGGUGUCCUCUCCCGCGCCGGACAAGCUGGCCAAGAGGUCGAGCGUGCGCUCGACUGUCAACUUUGCUACCCCCAAGCGGACUUCCGCGUCCUCCACGACGUACACGAGCACACCGACGACGGCCGGCUCGCGGGACUCUACCUCGCUUUCUGCGGCUACCAGCGUCACGUCUGUCUCGGCCGCGUCGGGCCGGCACUCCUCGAGCAAGCUGAAGCGGAACAGCGCGAGCAGCGAUGUGUCGAGCAUUCACUCGGGGGAGGGCGUCGUUGCCGGCGGAGAGGCAGGUGAGGACGAGCCCGUGCCCCCGGUCCCGCCCUUGCCAAAGGAUCUAAACCAGUUCAAGACGCCGCCGCUGUCGUCUGCGAGCAUGGCGUUCCCACCGCCUAUCGGAGAUAUCGACGAGAAGGCAGAAGGUGACAGUACGGUAGCUACUGAUACAGAGGACAAUCUCGGGAUACCUCAGGCUACUGCUAUCCCUAUGAAGCCUCCUCCCGUCGUCCGUCAGGACAGCAUGGCUAGUCAGGGCGGGUACACGUCCUCCGACUCUGCCCCUGCGCCUCAGAAGACGCCGUCGAAGAAGUGGAGUUUUUCCCAUGCUCUGAAUAUUAGGCUCUCAGGCUCACCCUCGUCGACUUCUGUGCAUUCAUCUAACAGAACUCCCGCUUUCUCCGUGAGUCCCCGGUCGGCGACGUUUGGCUCGCAGCUGCGCAAGACAGCGUCGAAGGAUCAGCCGCUCUCGCCGUCCGCGCAACCGAAGGCAUCCGCCGAAGCCUGGUCGCCGAUCCAACCUGAUGCUAUGGCCUCUGCUUCGUCGCUGGCUUCGCUGUCUUCGGUGGGCUCUGUGCAAGUUAGGAAUUCGCCUUCGUCCUCGCUGCCGCCGAUGCUUGGGUCUGGAAUGCAUACACCCAGUCGCGCGGGAACCCCGUCGAGUGGUGGGACCAACCAGACUAUGCCUGCGCCUCAGACGGCGCCCCUCAGUCCUUCGUCUUCGGUCCGCCGCGGUACUUCCUCCAAGCGCCUCACGCCUUCGUCCAUUCCAUUCUUCCGCCGCUCUUCUUCUCAGUCUAUGCAAACGACCCACCCAGACUUGCCUUCGUCGGUUUCGCCGACAUAUCCUUCGGAUGUCCCGACUACCGCAACGCUGUCUCGCAAGGAUAGUGACUCACCGACCACGACGAAAGAUGCAUUGCUGUCCCCGACCACUCCUCAUAAGAAAUCCUCGAUCAUGAGCCUCGGUUCGUUGCUGAAGGGGUCGUCGUCGAAGAGGAGUCUGCAGGACAAGAGCGAUCCCAAGAGUACGAAAGAGAGCUCGAGGACGUCGGACAAGGAACGAGCAAAGAAAGACGACAAAGACCGCAGUGAAAGCAGGAUAUCCGUAUUGAUGGGCAGGAAACGUGGCAAGACUCUCUCUUCCGCCGAGCCAAAGAAAGCCAAACCUGUGGCCUUGCCUCCCAUGCAGAUCUCAGCUCUCCCCCCGUCGACGACGCAGCGCCUGGCGAAGCUCAAUGCCGGUUCCCCGUCUUCGUCGUCGAGCUCGAGUGCCGCGAGGCCAUCGCGGGCCACAUCCCAGACGGUCAGCUCCAUGCAGAAGCAGUCCGACGCGUCUCUUCGCAGCACUCGGAACCAGCUACCGACCAUCGCGGGAGUCCAAGGAUCUCCCGCCGUCGUCGUUGAUGAACUCGGUAUCUGGCUUGCCAAAGGAGACGCCCACGAAGAUCCCCCGCAUCGCUAG